GAGGGAGGGAGGGAGGGAGAGAUGAUCAGAGUGAAUUUACAGCACUUCUCCACUCUCUCUUUAGGCAAUGAUAUAAAUGCAGCAAGGCUUGGGGCUGCUGCCAGCUCACUGUAUGCCUUUUUAUUAUUUGUAUUUCCCCCACUUGGAUGUCCUCUCCCUCGCUGAUCUCCACCUCAACCUGUUUGUCAAGAUCAUUUUAAAGUCUUUGUUUUCUACUUUUGAGUUAUGAUGUCGCCACAGAAAACCUCACCCACCCUUAUCAGUACACCUGUACGCUGCUGAACGGAGUCUUCUGUGUGUCUGUGUGUUUGCGCACAUUUUUAGAGGCAUGCUGAGGGUCGAUCAGAGAGGAAUCCACGACGCCUAAACUACAAGCUCAUGAGUUAACUGGAGACAUCAAGCUUGUGCAAAAGAGCCAAGAGAGAGAGAGAGGGACACCCACACAAUCAAGGCUGGAGAGAGAGAGAGAGAGAGGUGAAAAAUUAUCAAUCCUGCAACUUCUGAAGUCAUCCCAACAGCUGAAUGUGAAUCCUGUAUCCGUAGCAGCACAUCAGUCUUUGAAGAGAGAGGAGAAGGAGAGCGAGAAACGAACCGCCCAAGAAUAUUACUUUUUAAAGGCUUUUUUUCUUUCUGAAUUCCUGAAUUCUCUUUUUUAAAUAUAUUUUGUUUUUAGUAGGGUUUUGUGUGCUGAAAUGCCUUUUUAAAAUGUCUGAAACGAAAACCCUGGCAACAUUUGAGCAGAUGAAAUGAAUUGCUUCAGGAACGGUAAAGAGACUGCUCUCGAAGAUUGCUUGCUUUUCUGAAUACCGAGCUUUAGCUGAAAUAAUUCCCAUGGAUUUCCCUGGAAUUUUCCAGUUUCAUUUGACUUGAGCCAUGGAAAGAAAGUUGUUGACAAUAGUCCCAUUUUGCUGGUUUUGAUUCAUACUGAACUUCCUGGAUUUAAAAAAGAAAAAAAAAACAGAAGAGAAAAAUGUGGUAAACCAAAAAAGACUUGAUGUUUAGAUCCCGGAGGUUCCUUUUGAAUCUCAAAGGUCCCUGGGAAACAAACCCCCUUCCCCUCCCUUUCCCACCUCCUCUGUCCCCCUUCUCUCUUCCCCUGGAUCUCUUGCCCCUUCUCCCCAAACAACCUAUCCUCUAAAAGCCAAGCUACAGAAGAAAUCCCCUAGAAUCGGGACUCCUUCCUGUCCUCUAAACCCAGCUUCAGAAGAAAUUCCCUAAAAUGGCAGCUGGCGUGGCAACGUGGCUGCCCUUCGCUCGGGCAGCAGCCGUGGGAUGGCUCCCGCUGGCCAAGAACUCCAUGCCCAAGCCCCCGGGCGACAAGAAGAGCCGCCACGACGAGAUCCUCAUCGUCAACGUGAGUGGGAAUCGCUUCCAGACCUGGAAAAACACUCUGGACCGCUACCCCGACACCCUCCUGGGCAGCUCGGAAAAAGAGUUCUUCUUCAAUGAGGAGACCCAGGAAUACUUCUUCGACCGGGACCCGGAGAUGUUCCGCCACAUCCUGAACUUCUACCGCACGGGCAAGCUCCACUACCCCCGGCACGAAUGCAUCCAGGCCUUCGACGAGGAGCUGGCCUUUUACGGGAUAAUCCCGGAGAUCAUCGGCGACUGCUGCAUGGAGGAGUACCGGGACCGCAAGAAGGAAAACCAGGAACGGUUGGAGGAGGACACAGAAGCAGAAAUGGCGACGGAAACCCCUCUCCCGCCGGACAGCACUCUCAGGGAGCGGCUCUGGAGGGCCUUCGAGAACCCCCACACCAGCACCAUGGCCCUGGUUUUCUACUACGUGACUGGCUUCUUCAUCGCAGUCUCGGUCAUCGCCAACGUGGUCGAGACGGUCCCCUGCAGGGCCCCCAAGGGGAUGCUGAAGGACUUGCCCUGCGGGGAGAAGUUCUCCCUGGCCUUCUUCUGCUUGGACACGGCCUGCGUGAUGAUCUUCACCUUCGAGUACCUGAUGAGGUUCUUUGCCGCUCCGAGCCGUGGCAAAUUCAUGCGCUCGGUGAUGAGUGUCAUUGACGUGGUCGCCAUCAUGCCCUACUACAUCGGCCUGGUCAUGCCCGAGAACGAGGACGUCAGCGGCGCCUUCGUCACGCUCCGAGUCUUCCGGGUCUUCCGGAUCUUCAAGUUCUCCCGGCAUUCCCAGGGGCUCCGGAUCCUGGGGUACACCCUGAAGAGCUGUGCCUCCGAGCUCGGAUUCCUGCUCUUCUCGCUCACCAUGGCCAUCAUCAUAUUCGCCACUGUCAUGUUCUACGCAGAGAAGGGAACCAAGGAUACCAACUUCACCAGCAUCCCGGCAUCUUUCUGGUACACCAUCGUCACCAUGACCACGCUGGGGUAUGGAGACAUGGUCCCCAGCUCCAUCGCUGGCAAGAUCUUUGGGUCGAUCUGCUCUCUGAGUGGCGUGCUGGUCAUCGCCCUGCCCGUCCCCGUCAUCGUAUCGAACUUCAGCCGCAUCUAUCAUCAGAACCAGCGAGCAGACAAGCGACGGGCACAGCUGAAAAUACGACUAGCGAGAAUUCGCCUGGCAAAGAGUGGGACCACCAACGCUUUCCUGCAGUACAAAGAGCAUGGCGGGCUACAGGACCAGAGCAGCGGGAACCAGGCACUGUGUAUAAGGAACCGAUCUACCUUUGAACAUCAACAUAACCAUCUAUUACACUGCCUGGAGAAAACUACAAACCACGAGUUCACGGAUGAGCACACUUACAACGAGGUGUGCAUGGCUGAGUCCAUGGACUACCGGACCAGCCGCAGCACCUCCAUCUCCAGCCAGCAAGGCCAGUCCACCUCCUGCUGCUCCCGUCGGGCCAAGAGGAGAGCCAUCCGGCUGGCCAACUCCACGGUGUCUGUGAGCCGGGGCAGCAUACAGGAGCUGGACACCCUGCACGUGCAGAAGAGCAUCCCACAGAGCCGCUCAAGCCUGAACGCCAGGACUCAGGAUUUGAAGCUGAACUGCGGCGGUGACAUGGACUUCACUGCUGCAAUUAUCAGCAUCCCUACCCCCCCAGCCAACACCCCUGACGACAGCCUGCCCCCCUCGCCCGCCAUCCCUGGCAUUCUCCGCAACUCACAACAGAUGGGGGACAUGAGCAGCCAGUACACACAGGAGGCCAUUAAAAUCUCCUCCUUGUAGCUCCUGUCGGACACUCCCAGCUGAGACAACGCAGGACUAGGGACUGGUAUGGGCUACAUAACAACAAAACCAAACACACUUCACAGGAGGAGAAUAUUAAAGAAAUGCUUUCUGAGGACCGAGGAGAGGAACUGUACCUAUCAGAACGACUGAUUUUAAAUAAAAAGAACAACAACAACAAGCUUCAGAAUGCAUAUAACUUUUGCCAGGUUAACACGCAAAAGACAGAUAAACUUCUAUGAAGGACAGUGGAAGGAAAUGUGUUCUGGCAGCAGUUGUAGGAGGGAAUCAGUUCAUGGACAGGACUGUCUCUAACAGAUAAGGACACUUCAUCAGAAGCUAAAAACUAAAAACGCAUUUCACUGGAGGGAGAGAGAAAGGGUAGGGAAGACGCGUUUCUGUUAGAGUUAAAAAUUAAGUAAAAAGCAUUUCCUGUUAGUGGUGCCAGCUAGGGAACCAAACAAAGUCCUAAAUUUCUGUACGGAAUUUGAGAUGGCAAGUAUAAAUUAAAUAUAUAUAUAUAUUAAUAUAAAUACGAAUUUGCAGCGAAUAGGAAAUUCUCUAUUCAGCAUAAGCGUUAGCCACACAACCAGAGAGCCAGAAAAAAAAAAAAAAACCCGACAAACGUACUUUGAAGAGAAACAUCUUUCUGACAUCAUGUUUUAUAUAUCACACUUCUGUGCGCAUCGUCCAACAUUAAAAAAUAAAAGUUGGCUUGACUUUCUUAGUAACAUUGCACGUGCUUGCAGCUCUAGGGCUGAUCUCAAAAGUAAACUAAACGAACAAACAAAAAAAACUAUAAAAAAAUAAUUUUAAAAAAACACACAUUGCUGCACAAGAAUCGUACUAUAGCUAAAAUCAGGCAUGUUCUUUUAAAGGUGGAGGAAAUGUCAAAGAAACAUCAGAGAUUGUGUGAAUGAGAUGUGGGCCGUGAAU